GCGCUCCGACGCGUGACUGGAUGAUGACGUCAUUAGCCGGUGCCUGUAAUAUAGUGACCUUCUUCAGUCCGUCAGACACACUCUAAGAUCACCUGCCAGAGAAGCUGCCUGUUACCGCUCCGGAGAGAGACUCUAGCACCCAGGAUUAUUACCUAAAGCUGAUUAUGGGAGACAUUGCUAAAGGAAAGAAGGCUUUUGUCCAGAAGUGUGCCCAGUGCCACACAGUAGAGAACGGGGGCAAGCACAAGGUGGGCCCAAACCUCUGGGGUCUGUUCGGACGCAAGACCGGCCAGGCGGAGGGCUACUCGUACACAGACGCCAACAAGAGUAAAGGUAUUGAGUGGGGCGAUGCCACCUUGAUGGAGUACCUGGAGAACCCCAAGAAGUACAUUCCUGGAACCAAAAUGAUCUUCGCCGGCAUCAAAAAGAAGGGCGAGCGCACGGACCUCGUCGCAUACCUAAAAUCGGCGACAUCAUGAAGUAAUCAUUAAAAUCUGAAUAUUUAAUGUGAUAUUUUAUUUUUUUGUUAUUUUUAGGCUUGCACAUGCUAAAUAUAUACGGUUUUAUGUUUAGUCAUUUGCACUAAAGGUUAAUUUAUGUCGUCUAAGGUUAGAAAAGUGGCGCCUCUUGUGAGCCGGUGAGCUCACAGCUGGUGUCACUUCCUCUUUAAGGUCAGGGUGCUAGCAAUCGUUCAAAUGGCCAAACAUAAAACUACUUUUCUUUGUGAAUCUGUAUUAUGAGGAGAAAAAAAUCUAAUCUCCUUAUUUUAAUUAAUUCAUUUAAUUCUGUUUUUCCGUGAAAUCACGUCUGGUACUUUCUGCUAGCAGAGCCAUCCGCCAUCAACGUCAUUUUUAAAACUAUUACUAUAAAAAAGUAACCUAAUAUUAGCUACAUCAGAGUGAAACAGGGUGGAAAUCUUUUGGAUAUUUGGUGGUUAACUGCUGCUGACUUUCUGUCUACUGCCAGCUUUCAUGCCAACUGGAGUUUCUAACCUCAGAAGAGGUGAAUCCCUCUCGUCUACACUUAUAUAUUAAUGGUGAGAAACUGCCAUUUGCCAUGAAUGCUCUUUAGAUCCUACAUUAAAUGUUUGGACAAAACCUCUUGUUGCGUCCUAACAGACCUGUUAGUUACUGAAGCAGCCCCUCUGAGAUUUUAACCUCCCGUCAGUCAUCAGACUCGGUACGAGUUGUUUUUUAAUUUGUGCUAAGAGUGACACACUGUUAUCUUUCUCCGUACAGCUAAGAAUUGUGGGGUAUAUAGAUAUAUAUGAAUGCCUUCAAAACCAGCACCAUGCUGAGUGUGAAAUCAGCAUGCCUAACGUCGUGGAGCUGCCGUUUCACACAGACAAACUAUGGAGGGCGCCAUCUGAAAGUGAAGGAAGAUUUUGUUAUUUACCUGGUUUCACAGGCCUGAAAGAAGUCGUAUCGUUUUAACUUAUUUUACUGUAAUCUGACAGACUGCAUCUGUAAAAUGUUUUGAUGGGGCUGCUUGCUGUCGAUGUACACAGCAAAAACACUGUAUGCACAGAAACAACAAUACUAUAAAUGCUAUGUUGUGUGGUUGUGGACAGGAUGGAUGAAGGAUCAAUUAAAAGGAAAAUACGUCCAGAAAUGUAAA